AUCAGUAUUCGGAAAUUUCAAGAUUUGUCGAUCGACGUGCACGAUUGCACAGCAGAAAUCUUAUUUGGCGCGAUAUUUGAGCAUUACUCAUCUAGUGCAUACGUGUUCCCGUAUGUUGGGCCGAUACUACGUGAUGACCCUAGACGUGCACUUUAGACAAUUACAGAGAUUGCUCAGAUAUUACCAUCAAAUAGUGCAACCCAUCAUAAUUGUUAUUAUGCCGGAUUUUGAAGCAUACGUGGAAUUCGCAGAAGCGACCAGUACCUAUCCCAUGUCCUUUCCAGUGUGGCUCGUGUUAUUUCUUUUCACGCCAGCCAACGAUACUCACGAUCAUUGUCACCAGCCGAUAGGUAAUCCCUUUAAUCUGGCGUUCGACACGCAGAUGCUGGUAUUAUGUCAUAACGAAGACAUUCUGCAAGAAUGGUACUCGGUCAAGGGCGAGACCACUAAAAUCUUCGAGCUGGCAAAAUGGGAAGAUGAUUUGGGAUUUGUUCCUUUGACAAAUUUAUCUCUGUACGAUCGAAGAAAGGAUUUGGAGGGAGUUGUUUUGCGAGCGGUCACAGUCAAGCAAAUUCAGGACGUACCAAUUUCUACGAGAUUGGGAAUCAGAAACUAUGUGGGCGGUUUGUACGGGAAAGUGGUGAAAGAACUCACGCAUUCCCUCAACUUCAGUUUGAAUAUAGUAUCAGAAUUGAACGAUCACGGCAUGUGGAAUCACAAGAAUCACAGUUGGUCUGGAGUAAUGAAUGAGAUCGUAUCAGGUCGCGCGGAUUUCGCUAUCGCCGAUAUGUCGAUGACGAGUUUACGAGUGCGUUAUGUCGAUUUUACUCUGCCCCUAAUAAUAUCUAAGAACAGUUUGUUUAUCAAGGAACCCGGAAUAUGCGGCGUUAAGUGGCUCGGUUAUUUUCAGACAUUCGGUUUCCACAUUUGGAUCGCAAUUGUCGUGUUAAUAGCGGUUACACCAUUUCUGCUGUCGUUCAUGAAAACGUGUCUCGAAUCUCAAAACACGGUGGAUUUAAUUUCCGAUAAUUUUCUCUGCAUUUGGGGUAUAUUUUGUCAGCAAGCACUUAUAGCGUUUCCGAGAUGUUCAUCGUUACGCGUUGCGUAUUUUACGAUAUUUUUAACAGCGGUACUGAUAACGGCUCAUUAUUCAGCGGCGUUGGUGUGCUUUUUAACGUCUUGCAUUCGCGUUCUUCCCUUUCGUACGAUAGAUGAAUUUGUCGCCGACGGUACCUAUCAAUUAAUAGUUCCACGCGGCAGUGCCGACUAUGACGUAAUCUCCUUUCAAUCAAAAUAUGAGACAUCGAAGAAAAUUUUCUCGACGAAGCUAAUGAAACUAAUGAAGAAGGAAUCGGAAUUACCAGAGAAUGUAAUCGAUGGCUUUGUGCAAAUAUGCAAGGAGAAAAAGGUUGCUUACAUGAUAUUGAACGCUUUAAAGAAAAGCGUUGAAAUGACAAUUCCUUGUAAAUUGUCAGGUAUCAGCACUGAGAGAAUAGACAAUUUAGGGAUGGUCCUGUCCAAAGGCAAUCCAUACACAGCCGUGAUAAAUUAUCAUUUGCAGAAAUUUUUGGAUAAUGGCAUGAUGAUGCGUUUAAGGGAUAGGAGAUUCUUAACGCAUUCGAUCGAAAGCAAGGCUUACACACCGGUUCUCAUGAGUAAUGUAAUCCCAAUUUUGUCGAUUCUCUGCGGAGGCAUUAUUUUAAGCGUCGCUAUACUAAUUAUGGAAAAAAUUUAUUAUCAAUACAAGAAAAAGAAACAUCAAUCGCGGAUCUUCUAUCGUUCGAAAAAACAAUUGUUUCUCAAAAAGCAAUAA